UUGUGAGUGAAACAUGAUGAAAUCCCUCCCCGGACAAAUCAAAUGAGCCUGUCAACCUAACCAGGUGGGAUUACUUGCAACUAAUAGACUCGACUCCCAGAGCAAACAGAGCACAAGCAUUCAAACCGUAGCCGGAGAGGAACUAUUUAGUAGCUCAGGAACAUUCCACUACCAUGGCAAUGAAAAGCUGCUUCCCUUUGUAUCAGGUGUUAUCGUUGGUCACAUUUAGCAUCGGAGUACAUGUUUGCUUAGCAUUUACAGCAAAUCGUUUGAAAAGAUCAGAGGAAUGGGAUGAAGGGCCCCCAUCCGUCCUAUCGGAUUCGCCGUGGAUUAGUACAUCGGGGUCAUGUAAAGGAAGAUGCUUUGAACUGGAAGAAGCUCAAGCCCCUUUCUGCCGUUGUGACAACCUAUGCAAGAGUUACAUCAGCUGCUGUGCGGACUUUGAUGAGCAUUGUCUGAAGACAGGCCGUUCAUGGAGCUGCACAAGAGAUAGAUGUGGAGAGGUACGAAAUGAGGACAACGCUUGUCACUGCUCUGAUGACUGUCUGGCCAAAGGCGAUUGCUGCCCAAACUAUCAAGUCGUAUGCAAAGGUAGCACGCACUGGGUGGAUGAUGAAUGUGAAGAAAUUAAGUACCCAGAAUGUCCGUUAGGGUUUGUUCGUCCGCCUCUUAUUAUAUUUUCUGUUGAUGGGUUUCGUGCUUCAUACAUGAAGGAAGGACAUAAAAAAAUGCCAAACAUUGAUAAACUUAGAACAUGUGGAACGCACUCUCCAUACAUGAGACCAGUUUAUCCAACAAAAACAUUCCCAAAUUUGUACACUUUAGCAACGGGGCUUUAUCCAGAAUCACAUGGAAUUGUCGGGAAUUCAAUGUACGAUCCUGUUUUUGAUGCCAAUUUCAGCCUUCGCUCUCGUGAAAAAUUUAAUCACAGAUGGUGGGGAGGCCAGCCUAUUUGGAUUACUUCAGCAGAACAAGGGGUGAAGGCAGCUACUUUCUUCUGGCCAAUGGCUAUUGUUCAAGAACGAAGAGUUUUAACUGUAUUAAAAUGGCUCAGUUUACCCGACACUGAAAGACCAUAUGUUUAUGCGCUUUACUCGGAGCAGCCAGAUCAAGCAGGGCAUAAACAUGGACCUAAGAGCCCAGAGUUGGACGAUUACCUAACGGACAUCGACAGACUUGUAGGCAUGUUAAUGGAUGGCUUGAAACAAAUGAAGCUACAUAGAUGUGUCAACAUUAUCUUUGUUGGAGAUCAUGGUAUGGAGGAAGCUAGCUGUGAAAAGACUGAAUUUCUGAAUACCUAUAUAAACAUGGAUGACUUUUAUUUAUUGCCGGGUUCAUUAGGACGUAUGCGACCCAAGAGCAAUGGCAAACAUGAUCCCAAGGCAGUUGUUGCAAAUCUCACGUGUAAGAAGCCCGACCAACACUUUAAGCCUUACCUGAAGCAGCACCUUCCCAAACGUUUGCACUAUGCAAAUAACCGAAGGAUUGAGGACAUUCAUCUUCUGGUAGACCGAACGUGGCACGUUGCAAGAAAACCAAUGGAUGUCCACAAGAAACCAGGCAAUAAAUGUACUUUCCAAGGUGACCAUGGUUAUGACAAUAAAAUCAGCGGUAUGCAGACCGUCUUUAUAGGACAUGGGCCAACGUUUAAGUAUAAGACGAAGGUGCCGCCAUUUGAGAAUAUUGAGCUGUACAAUGUCAUGUGUGAUAUCCUUGGCUUAAAACCUGCUCCUAACAACGGAACUCACGGGAGCUUAAACCACCUUUUACGAGUUGCCUCCUAUAAGCCAACAAUGCCCGAGGACAUCUCCAAACCUCUGCCCAUAACCCUGAUUCCAUCCACCGUAAAUGAAGAGCUGGGAUGCUUGUGUGAUGACAAGAAUAAAGCCGAGGAGCUGAAUAAACGUCUUUAUCCCAAAGUAGCAGAUGACUUGGCAGUUGACGAACUUAGCAAUGAAAUUAAGGAGUUGCCUUCAAGAAAUGCAGAAUUGCACGCUGAGGAUGAGAUUAAAGUGUCCUUGAUGUUAGAAUGGUUAAGUGGUAGCUCGGAAGAGGCAGCCUCAACUAAUCCUUCAUUGGAAAGCAAGCAAGAUAAGUCUUCAGAGGCCGAGCAACCAGGUUCACUCGCAAGCAGAGCUGAUAAAAAUCUCUUGUAUGGAAGACCUGCAGUGUUGUACAAGACAAAGUACAGCGUUUUGCAUCACAGUGAUUUUGAAAGUGGUUACAGUGAAGUAUUUUUAAUGCCCCUCUGGACUUCUUACACAGUUUCAAAGCAGGCAGAUCUAUCUGGCAUCCCGGAGCACUUGGUUAAUUGUGUAAGACUUGACCCACGCGUUUCUCCGGGAAAUUGUCAGAGCUGCGCAGCCUACAAAGCAGAUAAGCAGAUGUCCUACGGAUUCCUUUUCCCCCCACAACUAAGUUCUUCUGCUGAAGCCAAAUAUGAUGCAUUUCUCAUAACAAACGUCAUUCCAGUGUACCCGGCAUUUAAAAGGAUAUGGAACUAUUUCCAGAGAGUCCUGGUGAAACGACUUGCUUCCGAGAGAAAUAGAGUCAAUGUGAUGUGUGGGCCUAUCUUUGACUACGACUACGAUGGUUUAUAUGACUCCCCAGAAAAAAUUAAAAUCUUUGUUGACGGAUCUAUACCAGUCCCGACUCAUUACUACUGUAUCAUAACCAGCUGUCUUGAUUUUACUCAGCCAGCUGACAAGUGUGAUGGCCAACUUUCUGUACUGUCCUUUAUAAUUCCACACAGGCCAGAUAACGAUGAAAGCUGCAACUCUCCCAGGCACGGGCCCCAGAGCUCCUCUAAAGUCAGGUCAAAGGGGAUGAGUUCAGAUGAUGAGGCCAAGUGGGUGGAAAAUCUUUUAAAGAUGCACACAGCACGUGUCCGUGACAUUGAACAGCUUACUGGCCUGGAUUUCUAUCGGAAGACCAACCGCAGCUACACAGAGAUCCUUUCAUUAAAGACAUAUCUGCAUACAUACGAGGACGAGUUUUAACUCGUCCAGCAUUGUUCGUCUGUCUCUCACGUGGUGUAUAUUUUUAUAUUGUUUAUUUUUUUUGUAUUUAUUAAUUUUUAAACCAGGACACUUAAAUAUAUUAGUAUUUUAAUCCUGCAUCAAAUCUUUAAUGUUGUUUGUCUAGUUUUGUCUUUGUUUUGUUUUUACUAGUAAUACCUUUUACUCCUGCGGCUAGGCUUUUAGACUAAUGUUUUGGAAGGUGCUGCAGAAUUUAUUCUUGCACUGGGAAGUUUGAGUUUUCUAGUGUAUCGCUGAAAUGUUUGUAGUCCUUUUUACUGUGUAAUGAAUAAUGUAAAAAUUUACAUAUAUUAACUGGAAUUGUGACCAACCAUAUUUAUGCUAUAUGGAUUAAUGGAACCUCCUAUAUAAUAAAUCACACGUUCAUUUUUUAAAA